AUGUAUGCCAAUGUCUACGAGAUCUCUGUCUCCAUAGUUGUCGCCUUUGUGGCGAGGGGUUUGAGCAAUAUUCCUGGGGAUAUCUUCUGUUAUAGCGCUAUUUCAUCAGCUGGUGUUGUUGUCAUCCUUCCUGGAUUUACAGUUCUAAUUAGCGCGUUGGAACUCAUGUCGAAAAACAUUUUCUGCGGUUCAGUGAGAAUUGUAUAUGCCAUUAUUUACACCCUCUUCCUGGGUUUCGGUCUUACAAUCGGCUCGGAUUUCUACCUCGUCAUCGAUAGCCAGGCUCGACGGAAUUACUUCCGCAGCACUUUCCCCCAGAGGCUCAAUUAUACGCACGGCCAAUUUAUUGCGUCCAACGGGACUUCACCUUUCAUGCCGAUCAGUGGUGUCCUUGCUCAAGGCCAUGCAGGGGCCAAUUUACCGGACCACACAGUUGCAUUCGCGAUCCUACCUGGCCAUGGUGGAGACAGCCUCUGCCUUGGUGGAACCUUUUCUUCCUGGUCCCAAUUUAUUCGAUCUGCUCAUCGCUUUCGAAUCUCCAAUAUUGGCGCAGCCUUCACUAGUCUCGUGCUUCCAGGGAGAACGGAUAUCGUGUCUGCUGCUGGUGCUUUUGUGAUCGGGUCUCUCGGCAACAUCUAUUCUCGUGUUGUGCGCGGGACAGCGUUCACUUCGAUGGUGACUGGAGUGCUAUUUCUGGUGCCAUCCGGUAUCGCCCAAGGUGGCGGUGUUACUCAGACCUAUCAUAGCUCUGCCGAACAAUACUCGAGCGGGUUUUCACUUGCUCUUCGCAUGAUCACCGUCGCUGCGGGGGUAACUAUUGGCCUUUUUGUCAGCCAGGUCGUGGUCUACUUGUUCGGCACCCGCAAAAAUGCCGCUCACUUUGCCUUCUGA